AGAAGCCAGGUGGCAAAGCAUCGAACGGAAGUGGAGUUGUUUUGGCAGAGCCAGCGCUUUACGUGUACCGGAAUCAGGCCUUUUGACAUUACACAAAGAGGAAUUUUUUGUUGUGUAUCACUGUAUAGGUGUCACUACUGUUGUACAGUCUUCUACACUUUCCUCAGACUGUAGCGCUUAGCUGUCGCAAGGAAUUAACUAGAUUCUGAAACAAUUGUCGAUUUGGCGCCCACCAGACUGGAAAGCUGUUGUUGUGGAUGCAAAUCAUGUCGGUUUUACGACAUAAGUUUCUCCUUGUUGCUUUGCUUCAGGCCUGGAUCGGCAUUACACUUGUUUCUUCCCAGCAAAGAUGCCUUGGUGGAUUUGAUAUCUACUUUAUUCUUGACAAGUCAGGCAGUGUUCAUAAAAGCUUUUUUCAGCGGCAAACUGUGGACUUUGUUCAAAAGACAGUAGGGAACUUUGUUGGGAAGGGUGUUAGAUUAUCCUUCAUCACAUUCUCCUCAGACAGAAUAACAGAAACAAUUUUGAGAUUGACCAGUGACAGAUCUAAAAUCAAGGAAGGUCUGGAUGAAUUGAGGAAAGUACAACCAGGUGGAGAUACAUACCUUGGGAAAGCUCUUAGGAUGGCAAAUAGUCAAGUUGCUUCUCAAUUAGGGCAGCAGUCAGCAUUUAGUAUCUAUAUCAUUCUCACUGAUGGGAAAAUAGAUGACAUUGGUACAGCUAAUGAAGAGGCUAAGAAGGCCAAAAGAGCUGGGACAAUAAUCUAUGUUAUUGGAGUUGCUUUGUAUGAUAAAUCACAGCUCAAACUUUUGGCAAGCAAGCCUCCAGAGGAUUUUGUCUUCACAGAACCAAACUACCAAGCAUUACAAAAUCUAACGAGUGAUAUUUCUAACAGGGCCUGUGUUGAAAUUACUGCUGUUUUCCCAAAACAGGCCUGCAUAGGAGAGCGCAACAACGUUACAAUGCGUGGGCGUGGCUUUGAAAAGUUCGAUUCGGUAGAGUCUCAUUCAGUGAGGUGUGGCUUUGAUUUUUACGCUACCUAUCGCCAAGUCACGAAAGCCAUUUUAGUUGAGGAGAACCGCUUGGUCUGUCCUGUUCCUGUUUUGAAUGACACAGAAAGUGUUCUUAUGCUUCACAUUUCAUUAAACAGUGGAAGGGCAUUUGUCUCCAGCAAUGUUCAUAUUUCAGCUAAAAACUGCACAAGAGAAGUGAUAAUGCCAACGAACACAACGAAGCCAGGAAAAGAAAUAGAAGGAGAUGAAGAUACUUCACCAGAGACUGGAAAGAGAAGUAAAGUGGCUUUAACUUUGGUGCUGCUAUUUCUGUUCGCCCUUCUCAUUUUACUAGCCGUAUGGUGGUUUUGGCCUUGCAUUACGACAAAGCCUCCGAGAAACUAUCAACCGGCUGGUGUAUCAGAAUCCAAAGAGCCUCCUCUCAGGCCCCCGCCACCAGCGAGACCUCCGCCACCAGCAAGGCCCCCGCCACCAAUGGAGAAAACGCCGGCUGGUAGGACAAAAUGGCCAACAGUAAACGCGUCAUUUUACGGGGGAGGAACGGCAGGAGGAAUCGUUCCUGUCCGGGUGGACUGGGGCGAUAAAGGCUCAACAGAAGCUGGAUCGAGGCUAGCACAAGCCAAGGCAGCAAUCAUUGAAGAUACUGACGAAGAUCAGACUAUUGUGCCAAAGAGUUCCUCUACUCCAGGUUGCUGGACGGCAGCUAAGAUUAAAGUUAUGGCCGGUGUGGCCGCAGUUUCCGUUGGUUAUCGUCGAGUCGCUUCACACAGACCUCAGCCCGGGGGAAACUGGCUCUACUCCUCCAAUCCUGCUGUGUGAUUGACAUGGACGAAGAAUUGUUUGUAUUGUUUUAAUAUCACACAAGCAUAUAGCAAUCUAGACGAUUUAAGUAGGAUUAGCCGUUAACCGUGAAACGGCCAAAAGACUGAGCCGUUUGGCGUAAAUAUUGUCAUGUCAACAUCGUGUACCUUGCGUGAAUACCAAGACACUCAAGCUAUUUUCUCACCUUCUCAGUUCCACCUGCAUCGUAGUGUCAACCAAGCCAUUGCUUGCACUCUGCCACACCUGUUCAGCUUGAAUUAAACAGAAUGCAUAAAUCAA